GGAAAGAGUUUGGCUGGUUACCAUGCUUGCACUUCCACUGAAUGGCCUCCAUCUUUUAACAGAGGUGUCUGUCUUCAAGAUUUACCUUUCUCUUUUGUUGGAUCCAUCAACCCCAGUUUCCUGAGACCUCACUUUGUCCUCUGUUUUCCGGGUUUUCUGUCCAGGCCUGUUGUGACUGCAGCUGUAUAGAGCACGGCUACUGAAGGGCAGCCUAACAAGUCUUUCCUUAACGAAGCUGCACAUUCACAGGCUCUGCCCCCUAGGAGCGGAGGGAGUGGUGAAAGUAUAAAACCCCUUGGGUUCCCUCCAGCCAGACUGUAGACCUACUGGAAACUAUAGAGACACCUGAGUGUUGCCCCACUGGCUAAACUAUCCCAUCACAAUGUUGUCACGACUGCUGAUUGUUCCUCUGAUCUUUGCUUUGGCUGGUCUUGCUCUCUCAGCCCCUGUUAAUGAUGGAACCAAGGCAGACAAUGAUGAGAGAGCUGCCCCCUUGCUAGUGCACCUUAAAGGUGACAAAGAUGGCGGAGGCCUCACAGGGAGCCCGGAUGGAGUCUCCACAGGGACCACAGAUGGGACUGAUUCCAGUAAAGAGCUAGCAGGAGGUGCAGUGGAUUCCUCACCUGAUACAACAGACACCCCAGACAGAGAUACCAGCGUGGAAACUACAGGCAAUCCUGAUGACUCUGAUGCCCCAGCUGAAGCAGCAGGCAGCCAAGAUACAACAGAUGCAGCUGAUGCCUCUGAGGCUGUGGCAGAGACCAUAGACACUUAUGAUAUACCAGAUACAGAUAGUGCUGAUGACAUGGAGAAGGUGUCGACAGAGGUGUCAACAGAGGAUUUGGACUCAGCAGGUGUGGAUCAGUCUCCAGAAAGUGACUCCACAGAGUCUCCAGGAAGUGACUCCGCAGAGUCUCCAGGAAGUGACUCCGCAGAGUCUCCAGGAAGUGACUCCACAGAGUCUCCAGGAAGUGACUCCACAGAGUCUCCAGGAAGUGACUCCACAGAGUUUCCAGGAAGUGACUCCACAGAUGAAGUGCUGACAGACGUGCAAGCUGACUCUGCUGAUGUGACCAGUGAUGACAUGGAUGAGGCCACAGAGACGGACAAAGAGGAUGACAAGAGUGACGACAAGAGUGAUGCAGAUGCUGCCACAGACAAAGAUGACAGUGAUGAGGAUAAGGACACUGAACUAGAUGGUAAGGCCCAUGCAGAAGACACACAGACAGAGGAAGUGGCAGACAGCGACUCUGUGGCAGACAGCGAAGCUGCAGACUCAGACUCUGACACAGACGAUGACAGGCCAGAGAAAGACGUUAAGAACAACUCAGAUGACAGCCAGGACACCACCGAAGACGACAAACCAGACAAAGAUGAUAAGAAAAACAGAGACAGCGCAGACAACAGCAAUGAUGACAGCGAUGAGAUGAUCCAGGUCCCCAGGGAGGAACUAGAGCAGCAGGAAAUGAACCUGGAGGAGGGAGGAGUGAUUGGCAGCCAGGAGGAGACUGUAGCUGCAGACAUGGAGGAGGGGAGUGAUGUGGGGGACCAGAAGCCCGGCCCUGAAGACAGUAUCGAGGAGGGAAGCCCUGUAGGGAGGCAAGAUUUUAAGCAUCCACAGGAUUCUGAGGAGGCGGAGCUGGAGGUAAAUGAGGAGGAGCUGGAGAAGGAGGCAAAGAAGGAGGAGUUGGAGGAGGCAGAGGAGGAGAGGAAACUAAAAACAAUACAGUCCGACAGUCAGGAGGACAGUAAGGAUGAAAGUGAGGCUGAACCAGACUCCAACAGUAAAAAGGACAUUGGGACCAGCGAUGCCUCUGAACCACAAGAGGAUGACAGUGAAGAGGACACUGAAGCCCAGUCAGAGGACACUGAUGAUAGCAUGAUGAAGGAGCCCAAAGAUUCUGACGAUGCUGAGUUUGACAAAGAUGAUAAGGACAAGAAUGAUAUGGACAAAGAAGAUAUGGACAAAGAUGAUAUGGACAAAGAUGAUGUGGACAAAGAUGAUAUGGACAAAGAUGAUAUGGACAAAGAUGAUAUGGACAAAGAUGAUAUGGACAAAGAUGAUAUGGACAAGGAUGCCUCUGACUCAGUGGAUGACCAAUCUGAAUCGGAUGCAGAGCCAGGCGCAGAUUCGCACACAGAUGUCGAUGAGAUAGAUGGGGAAGAAACAAUGACUCCAGAUUCAGAAGAGAUAAUGAAGUCUGGUGAGAUGGACUCGGUUGUCGAGGCAACUGAAGCUGACAUUCUGGACCAACCAGACCAACAGGAUGACAUGACACAGGGCGCCUCGCAGGCCGCCGAUGCUGCUGCCACCGCCCUGGCAGCCCAGUCUUAGCCCUGUGGGUUGAGCCCACAGCACAUUGUGGAUGGAAUCAGACAUUUUGAUAGACCCAUCAUGGUGAAUCUCACAGAAAACUGACAUCAAGCAAUAUCAACAAAAACUUUAGUCAAAUGUUGCUCUUAAGUUCCUUAACCCUCUUUUGCCACUCAAAAUGGUGAAGGUGUGUGCAGUGUCUAUGAGGAUCAAAUUAAAUUAUUCUACUUUUUUUGGUGUACAUUACAUUUUCACCCACUUUUUGAAUGUAUUGUUUCUUUGGUAGUUGGACAUUGAAUCAUGAAGAAUGUCAACUUUGUUUUUUGUUAAAGACAUUUUAUGUAGUUACACUCCUGUCGUAUCAACUAGCAUAUUGAUAAAAUGGUCACGAUGUUCUUUUACAAUGCCCUUGGGAAUACCAGAAGUCUGUUUUUUUAAUUCAGUCAUUGUAGAUUUGCUAUGUUUCUGCAGGGUUCCUACUGGUUUCCUCCUGAUUUCGUAUGAUGCAUUGAUGUCUCAGUCCUUGACAGAAAGCUCAAUUGGCACGUUGUCCUUCUAACUGAUAACAGCUGCUACAUUUGAAAAAUAACUCAGACUGACUCACAGCUCAACAUUCGUUUUUAAAUGAUGAAAAACAUUAGGUCAUUUAUACAAAAUUGAGAAGUGUACAUACGUUUUAUGACGCAACAAUGUCUUUGAUAAGGUAUACAAAACAAAUCUAGAGAAAGUACUAAAAAAGUGUGAUCUACAUUAGUAGGAAAAGAUUGUAAAAUAACAAUUGUAUAGACAUAAUGAGAAUGUCAUUUGAAUAUGUACACAGGGGGGAAAUCUAAUAAAGACUGAGUUGUCAGCAAGUUUUUG